UUCGAGUCCUCCUUUUUUUUCCACAUGAACCCCCCUUCCACUCCUCUCUCAUUUCCUCUUUUCUCACAUUGUUCUCUCUUUCCUAAUCUGCUGUACCCAGCUUCUUCUUCUUGUGUGAUCGCCUCUUCUCUCCCAGCUGCUCUCAGAUCAACCACACACCACCGGACGGAUCCAGUGUCUCCAGCUGUGUAGCUCCAGUCCCGCAGGCAGGGUCGGCCAUGUUGUUGUGUGGGGGUUGAUGAUUCCAGAAGGUGAAGAAGAAGGAGACAACACAGAAGCAGGACGUGGAUUUGUGAAGCAGGGCGAGACGAUGGGCUGCAUAAAGAGCAAAGAGGACAAAGGCACUAACAUGAAGUAUCGGCAGGAAAAUUCCACAGGAUCGGAUCCAAACACCACCACCACCACCACCACACCUCACAUCGGUCACUACGGACCUGAUCCCACUCAGCUGCAGCAGAAUCAACCUCCCUCGUCCUCAUCGAGCUCCGGGGCUGCAAACUUCAACCACACCCACCCGUUUGGAGGCUCCUCGUCUGCCAUUACUCCCUUUGGAGGGGCGUCAUCGUCCUUCUCCGGGCCUGUGUCAAACUCUUUCUCUGGUGCUGUCUCAAGUGGCGUUACGUUCUUUGUUGCCUUGUAUGACUACGAAGCUCGAACAUCCGAUGAUCUUUCAUUCAAAAAAGGAGACCGCUUCCAGAUCAUCAACAAUACAGAGGGAGACUGGUGGGAGGCUCGCUCGAUCAACACGGGAAGGAAAGGGUACAUCCCGAGCAACUACGUGGCCCCUGCUGACUCCAUCCAGGCUGAAGAGUGGUACUUUGGUAAAAUGGGACGCAAAGAUGCUGAGAGGCUGUUGCUGAAUCCAGGGAACCAUCGAGGAACUUUCCUUGUGCGAGAAAGUGAAACUACAAAAGGUGCUUACUCUCUCUCCAUACGAGACUGGGAUGAUGCCAAAGGAGACAAUGUGAAACACUACAAAAUCCGCAAGCUGGACAGCGGGGGAUACUACAUCACCACAAGAGCACAGUUUGAAACAUUACAGAAGCUUGUCAAACACUACACAGAGCAUGCCGACGGGCUCUGCCACCGAUUGACUACGGUUUGUCCCACGGUCAAGCCUCAGACCCAGGGGCUGGCUAAAGAUGCCUGGGAGAUACCCCGGGAGUCCUUGCGCCUGGAGCUCAAACUGGGCCAGGGCUGCUUCGGAGAGGUCUGGAUGGGCACUUGGAAUGGCACAACAAAGGUGGCCAUAAAGACGCUGAAGCCGGGCACUAUGUCGCCUGAGGCCUUCCUCCAAGAGGCUCAGAUCAUGAAGAAACUGAGACAUGACAAACUGGUGCCUCUGUAUGCUGUUGUGUCAGAGGAGCCGAUUUAUAUCGUCACAGAGUACAUGGCCAAAGGAAGCUUGCUCGACUUCCUCAAAGAGGGUGACGGUAAAUUUCUGAAGCUCCCAUUGUUGGUGGAUAUGGCUGCUCAGAUCGCAGACGGCAUGGCUUUCAUUGAGAGGAUGAACUACAUCCACAGGGACCUGCGUGCUGCAAAUAUCCUCGUUGGCGACAACCUGGUGUGCAAGAUCGCUGACUUUGGCCUGGCGAGGUUGAUAGAGGACAAUGAGUACACAGCGAGGCAAGGAGCCAAAUUCCCUAUUAAAUGGACGGCCCCUGAGGCUGCCCUCUAUGGACGCUUCACCAUCAAGUCAGACGUCUGGUCCUUUGGGAUCUUACUCACUGAGCUCGUCACCAAAGGCAGAGUGCCCUACCCAGGGAUGGUGAACCGGGAGGUCCUUGAGCAGGUUGAGCGCGGCUACCGCAUGCCCUGUCCCCAAGGAUGCCCCGAGUCCCUGCACGAGAUGAUGAAGGUGUGCUGGAAGAAGGAGGCCGAUGAGAGGCCGACUUUCGAGUACCUGCAGUCCUUCUUGGAGGACUACUUCACCUCCACAGAGCCACAGUACCAACCCGGAGAGAACCUAUAGCCUGCCUGGACUCUGUUGCGUAUCCCUACGCCUGGGAGCAGACUUGGAGAAAACACAAGCUCUUAAAUCAGACAACUCGACUGGAAAACAGACUUCACCACUACUUGCUCUUCAAAUUCUUCAUUUAACUAAUUUGUCUCUUAAUGUCACCAUCAUUUCAUUUUAUUGUCUUGUCCUUUUUGUUUUUAUUCAUGGUACUACACAAGUCUAACCUGUGUCAACUGUUUUGAUUUUAUAUAGGUUUUAUCGCAAUGUAUGACAUUGACUGUGGCGGAGAGAAAAAUCAUUUCAGAUCAGUUUUAGAUUCACUACAUGUGGGGAGUUCUCUCAUGGACACAGUAUAUUGCUGUGAAAUAAGCUGUGAUAAUCCCUCGAAAUAGAAAAUCAUAUUGUAGAGUCCAACUGUUGGCCUUCUGUGUGGUUUAACGUUGAGAUCUCACACUACAUUUGCCUCCAAAUUGCGUUCUUAUGUGGUGAAUUGGUUAAAUUAUGCAUUAAAGCAAUUAAUUAUUAAAAGAGAUAAUAUAUUUCAGUAAUGGGGAGAAGUUCUCAGGGGACUGAUGGUCCAUUUAACAAUGAUUAUUUAAAAGAAAAUCCCACACAGCUUCACUUUACUUAUAUUUUAUCAGCUGCAGUGCAAUUUUUAUUUUUUACAAAUGAAAGACAGGACUGUGACGUGGUCUUUGAUGCCUUUCUGAUUUUUUACAAUGCAUUUUUUCAUGUUGUUUUUAAUGCUCCUUUGCUAUCACAUUUUAUUCAUAUCACUCGGACAUGGAUUUAUAGCUUCAGUCGAAGAUUUCCUUGACUGUCGAUCAUCCUCCUUGAGACCUCUGUGAAGACUUAAUACAACAAAGCCAUAAUGCUUUCUGUCCGCACUGCCCAGGUUGUAUAAUCUCACUGUGAUCAGCACAGACACAAAAAGCUUACAUAAGGUCACUCCAUGUAAUGUGUCAGCGAGUUAAACAGUGAGGAAACUCGAGGACUUUUUGGCAUCUUGUCAAACCAGAAUAACACCUAAGGGACUGUCUGCCACCGAGGGAGCAGGACGAUUUCACUGACUUUUACUUCUAUGAGUGGAAAUAAAUCACAAAGCCGCCAAAAAGUGACGAAGCACUUAGAUUAUUUUGUGUUCAUGUAUCCUUGCAAGGACUAUUUGUACUGCAAAGACUAUUUGUACUGCAAUGACAACAGUUUUUUCUACAGUGAUUUUACCUUUGCAUUCUCUGCCUCUAUAUGAACAAGUCGGAGGCAGUACUUAAUGCAAAUAAAACUAGCCUGACUUGUAAAGAAGGGCUUUGUAUAUUAUAAAAUCCUCGUUUUGUAAGAAUACUAUUAAAUGGUUAAGAUUGCUAAAUAUAUUUGGAAGAGAGGAAGUGGGUGCAGUCUUGUCUUUGGAGUUUGUACAAUAAAGACGUGAUUUUGA